CGUCAAUAUGUCAGCCUACUUGCGACUCCUCUCACCAAUCCGAUCACGCCAAAGUUGCCCAGGGUGACUCUCCUUAACGUAGCAGAAGUCAGACAGACAUGAUUGGUGUGCCACCUUGAAUUGGAGAAAAGGCAGAGCGGUUUUUACCAUAGCAGUGCAGUGCUGUGGAGACUUUCAUCCCACUUGUUCCAAGUCAUGGAAAAAAGUGGAAGGCUGCACAGCCCUGUCUCCACUGCUCGGACGUGUGAUUCCACGGGCGCUUUCCAACCUCCCACCCCUGAUACUCCUCCUCCUCCUCCCCCACCUCCGCAGAUCCCCCCACCCCCGUGCCAGCCUCUUCCUCCCUUGGGUGGGGUUGGCUCCUCCGAGCUCGUUGGUGGUCUGGAGGAGAGCGUUGUGUGGGACGACGCAGGGAAGUCCUUGUCCCAAGCUGGGAAGGAGGAGAUUGCAAAAGGGAUUCAGAAGCUGCUCUCGUGGGGAAUGUGUAGUGAAGAGGAUGACACUGUGUGGAUAGCAAGCAAUCGCCACACAGCGCCCAUCCUCCAGCAUGGCCCAGAAUGUGGGAUUGUAGCCCUUUGCAUGGCUGUCAACAUGGUGGAGCCAGUCUUAGCAGACAGGAGGCACAUUGUGCAAACGGCCAAGAAGAAGGGGUACACUAUUCAAGGAGAGAUGUUCUCAGCCACAAAUUUGUUGGAGCUGGGUUCCCAAGCCUGUGGUGUGCGCGGCAGAGUGCUGGCAGGAAACAUGAUGGACAACCGGGAUGACAUCAUCGCGCACCUUGCCAGCGGUUGGCCUGUGCUGGUGCCAUAUGACAAGGAUGGCAACUGCGAGCCUUGCUGUCUGAGGGGUCACAAGGCACACUGGGCUGUCAUUACAGGGUUUUUGCUCCAGUGCAAAAGACAUGACUUGCAAGGUCUCCACACGACACAGAUGUAUCAGGAUCUUGACAUAUUAAACCUGUACCACAUCAGCAGUGGUAACUCUGAUAAGGUCAACGCGCAUGACAUCCAAACGGUCCACGCAAUCCUGCACCACGUUCCUACCUCGGAUGUCUACGUUCUGGCCAGGCAGGGCAAGAGCAGACACACCCACCCCUGGAGGUACUGCACCCUGGCAGACAGCAACCGCAACCUGACAGAACUCGGCGGCAACAUUGAAGCAGACAUUGAGAGAUACGUGAUCCCAGAGGGCGGUAUACAGGCAGGGCUGUGCGGCCAAGUUGUCUUGUUAAAACCAUGAUUAAAACAAUCUUGCCAAGAUGGUGUACCAUCGCAGAACGGGAAGUAUGGAGAAACACAGGUUAUGAGAUUAUUUUAAAAUGUUAAACAUCUAAAACUAGUUUUACAUCAUCAAUCGUCAGUAAACAAUGCAGAUCCUCAACUUUAGCAAUUUUAGCAAAAUUCUGUUCAAAAAUUCUUGUGUGUGUGUAAUGAAUGUGCAGUAUUAAUAGUCAUUCUGUACAUGUGAGUCUGACUUGUGUGUUGGCAAAAGGCCAUUUUAAGUAUUCAGUAACUUUUCAGGGAAUUUGUUGGAUCAAAGAGGUAAAUUUAAGUAUGCAAAUGCAUGACAAAACGGGAUAUACAUGUUUUGCCAUGGAAUAUUUCCUGUCUUUUUUGGGGGGGGGUUGGCUAAAGUGAUAUUUCAAGCACUUUCCAUGCCACACAAAUACAACACGAGACAACAUCUGAUGACUUUCUUUGUUAAUACAUCCAUUUAUUCGCUGGUGAUUAGCUAAUUUUGACCUGACAAUAUCUUAUAAAAAAUUACACCACAUGUACUCGAGAAUCUGUUCAGUUUCACAGUACAUGUACACACAACUUAAAAAAAAACCAAAUUUGUCAACUGGUGCCAAGUGAUGAAUACAAGUGUCACAAACUGAUGGAUUGUGUGCAAAAAAGACCAACUGUCUCAUCUAACCAACCACUGACUGUAAUUACCAGUUUCAAAAGGGAGAAAUUGUCUUUGUCAGUUUAAUAGAUCAUACAUUGUAACUAUACACUAACUCGAAUUUGAGAUGAAUUUGAAAAAAACAUGUAAUAAAGGGUUACAUGCAACACCAUA